AUGGUGCGAGAGACAUCGAAUCUCAUGGUCGGCCAUGAUGAAGCUUGCUCUACUGAGUCGUCUACCUUUACUCCACCAUUUUCUUCUGCUACUGCUUCUUCUUCACCCAUCGUCGUCGUCGUCGUCGACAGAGCUUAUGGAAAAGUAGCAGAGAGAAAGUCCCGCCAGGUUGUGUGUCACUUGUGCGUCUUUCUGCUCUCGGCGGAUUCCGGCGACCGCCGUCUUCUCCUUCCGUUUACCAGUGAAGAAGGAGAAAGCGUAAUUCCUUUCCAGCUCCAGUUCGACAAGCCGAUACCUUUUCAGAUUAAGAUAGCUGAGUGGAACCCGGAGAAGGAUUUACUGGCAAUGGUUACGGAGGACUCAAAGAUUUUGCUGCACCGUUUCAAUUGGCAGAGAUUAUGGACUAUUUCUCCAGGAAGGCCUGUUACUUCUUUAUGCUGGCGUCCUGAUGGUAAAGCCAUAGCUGUUGGGCUCGAGGAUGGAACCAUUGCACUUCACGAUGUUGAGAAUGGGAAGCUAUUAAGGAGCUUGAAGCCUCAUGCUGUAGCUGUCGUGUGUCUUAACUGGGAGGAGGAUGGACAAUCCAAUACCGAUGAAAUUGGGAAAGUCUCAGUUUAUGAGGACCGUACCUCCCGUUUCUUCCCUCCUGCUCCAAGAGCUCCAAAGAUGCCUGGAGUGGUAGCUGGUGACUCCAGUUUCAUGGAUGAUGGUGAAGAUUCUCUAGCAGAACUAUCUAAUACCUCAUUCCGGAAGUUUAACGUUCUCUGCAGUGGAGAUCGAGAUGGGAGCAUAUGCUUUAAUAUAUUUGGAAUAUAUCAGAUAGGGAAGAUUAACAUACACGAGCUGUCUGUUCCUGUGCCCCAUCUGGAUGAGCAUGCCUCUUGCAAACUAUUUAAUGCUACCAUUUACAAGGUUGCUUUGUCGAAGGAUCUCUGUCGCCUGGUUGUAAUGUGCACAGGAGAGCUUAGGGAUUGUGAUAGUGAGCCAGGAGAGGAAAAACUUAGUGUCCGAGAUCUGAAUGGUUUACAUUGCCUUGCAAUGGACACGUCUAUAUUUUGGAAGAGGAAAUAUGAGCUUCAUCAGGUUGCUCAACAAGCUUCCAACAUUGAAGAUUUGACUGAGGUUAUUCGAGAAUCCCUAUCAGUUAUGAGAAAACAAUGGGCGGAUGCCAUGAAAACUUUUCACGACAAGUUUCAGUCUCUUUCCACCUUGAUCAUAGAUAAUGGACUGGAAUCAUCUCCUCAAGAAGAAUUUCUUAGCCUUUUGGGUGGUGCACGAAUAAGUCCAGCUCUAAAUCAGUUUCUAGUUAACUCUCUUGGUGAAGUGGGUGUGAAGCGCGUCUUAAAGUCAGUAUGUGGUACAGGAAAAGACCUUCAGCUGGUUGUCCUUGACCAUCUUCAGCCUGCAGCAGAAAUUAUUGGAUUCAGAAUGGGUGAAUUAAGAGGUCUCUCGAGGUGGCGUGCACGGUACCAAGGCAUUGGUUUGGAUGAGAAACUCCUUAAUGAAGCAACUGAAAAUGCCGGUCUCCUACUUGUACAAGUGCAACGGUUUAUGAUGGUACUAUCUACUGUUGUCCAACAGUUCUCGAAUUUCUUCAACUGGCUCCUCAAAAGCAUAAAGUAUCUUAUGCAAGAACCAAAUGAUCAGCUUAUGUCAUACGACAGUGAACUCCUUGUGGUAUUCUUGAAGUUCCUAUAUGAUCAAGAUCCGGUGAAAGACCUCGUGGAUGUAUCUGAAGCUGAUGAUGACAUUGAAAUUGAUCUGAAAACCAUUGAAAGAGUCAAAGAGUUAAUGCAGUUUGGAGGGUUUACAGACUCUGAUUUUCUGCGCAGAACAUUAACUAAGGAAUUCCAACACAUGGAGUCUAGCUUGAAGAUGGCUCUUCAAAUGCCCUUUACAACCAUAUCAAAGAAGAUAUCAUGCAUGAAGUUGUUGCCGCUUUGCCCUCUUCAAUUGUCAACAACGCAAACGCGUACUACCAUUCCCAUGUCUCUUUCCUUUUAUAAGAAUGAAGUUUCUGCUGAUACAGCUAGUGAAAGUGGGUACACUGAUUACAUAUCUUUCCAAGUCCCCGACGAAGCUUUCCCAGAUAUUCAGAACUGUAUUGGCAUAGCGAAGGGUUCUAAGCAACACUCCAACAACGAGAAAAAUGGUUAUACUUCCCUGGAAGCUGUUUUGUUAUCUGUACCUAAUGGCUACCAAUGUGUUGAUUUAUCUCUCUACAAGGAUAAAGAACUUGUGUUAUUAUUGAACAAAUCAAGUGAAAGUACCGAAGACUCAGGAGAAGCCUGCAUGAUGGUUGUACAAACUGGUGACCUUACAUUCAUUUCUAUUUCCAGAUCUAGUUGUCUGAAUCAAUGGGAGCUAGAGGAUUUGAAGGGCUCCAUUGUUUACCUGGAAAUGGAGAAUGAAAAGGUUCGCAAAGUUCCACAUUCCACCAUUGCUCCUCUAGCAGUGAGCUCUUCAAGAGGAGUGGCUUGCGUUUUUGCUGAAAGAAGACGUGCUCUGGUGUAUAUAUUGGAAGAAGAUGAAGACGAAGAAGAUGCAUCUGAGGACAAAGCGUUAUGCCACGUCAUCUCGCACAGUCGCCAAAACGAGCGCCCGGAGAAUAAUCAACCGGCGGUAAUACUAAUCGACCUUGUUUUCGUUGACGGUGAAUUCGCGAUGGUGACUUUGACUGCCGACGGAGUUUUACAGUCGAAUGAAUACGGCGGCCGCCGGAACUUGGUGUUGAAGAAGGACGUUCUGGGUUUCGCCGUGGAAGGUAAGGAUAUUCGGGUAAAGGCAGUGGUGGAGAGAGGUGGAGGAGGAAUCUGCUGCGGAGAAUCCUAUGGAGAUUUCACAAGGAAGGAUUUCGUCUUCGAGCCUCUCUCUGAAGAUGCUAGAGAUCGAUGGUGCUUCAGCCUCCGUCGAUAUCUCGACUCUCUCGGUCGGCCCAAGAGAUUGCUUGUGUUUGUGAACCCAUUUGGCGGGAAGAAAUCGGCUAGAAAGAUUUUUCUCAACGAAGUAAAACCGUUGCUUGAUGAUGCUGACAUUCAACUUGAUGUUCAAGAAACCAAGUAUCAGUUGCAUGCAAAGGGAUUUGUUAGGUCCAUGGAUGUAUCAAAGUACGACGGUAUUGUUUGUGUCAGCGGCGACGGUAUUCUUGUUGAGGUUGUAAAUGGACUGCUCGAAAGAGAAGACUGGAGAAAGGCCUUAAAUUUGCCUAUCGGAAUGGUCCCUGCAGGAACUGGUAAUGGCAUGAUAAAGUCAUUGUUAGACUCUGUUGGGCUUCGAUGCUGUGCAACAAGUGCUACGAUUUCUAUUAUCCGAGGUCAUAAGCGUUCUGUAGACGUGGCCACUAUCUCACAAGGGACUACAAGAUUCUUCAGUGUCUUGAUGCUUGCUUGGGGUUUAGUGGCUGAUAUCGACAUCGAGUCAGAGAAGUUCAGAUGGAUGGGAAGUGCUCGCAUUGACUUCUAUGCUCUUCAGAGGAUAAUGUGUUUAAGACAAUACAACGGACGAGUUUUGUUUCUACCAGCUCCUGGAUUUGAAAGCUAUGGGGAUCCAGCCAUUAGCAGUCUAUACAAAGAGCCGCCUGUUAGCGGUCAGGCGCUCGGAUACCAAGGACCUGAAACCAAACUUGAACAUCUUGAAUGGAGAGAAAUCAAAGGCCCUUUUGUCUCUGUAUGGCUUCAUAAUGUUCCAUGGGGUGCUGAAAGCAGUUUGGCUGCUCCUGAUGCAAAGUUUUCUGAUGGCUUACUGGACUUGAUUGUGGUGAGAAACUGCCCUAAGCUUGUCCUGCUAUCACUUUUGAGACAGUUGAGUGAUGGAACACAUGUUCAGUCACCAUAUGUAGUAUAUCUAAAGGUGAAGGCAUUCGUGCUGGAUCCGGGUACACGCAUAGACGAACCAGACAAGGAAGGAAUCAUAGAUUCAGACGGUGAGGUUUUGGCAAGAGGAAAAGGAACAUAUAACUGUGAUCAGAAGGGUUUGAUGUCUUAUGACAAGAUUCAAAUAACAGUUGAUCAAGGAAAUGAGGAAAAAAAAAAAAAGAUCCGUUUACAGUCUCACCAACGAAGUAUUUCCUCUAUCUCUCUCUCCCUUUCUAUGGAUCGUCAGCCGGAGAAUGAUCAGCUGUCGUCUCCGGCGAUAAUUUCCGACCGAGUUCUGGUAAACGGUGUUGUCACGCCGUUAACCCUGACUGCCGACGGAGAGCUACGGUGGACGGAAUCUGGACGGCGGAAAUCGUCGGUGGGAAAAGACAUCCUGGGUUUCGUCGUGGAAGGUAACAAGGUUAGAGUAAAGAUCUUGGUGGAGAAAGGGGGAGGAAUCUGCUGCGGGGAAACUGCUGGAGAUUACGCCAGGAAAAAUUUCGUUUUCGAGCCUCUCUCUGAUGAAUCUAGGAAGCUGUGGUGCGAUAAGCUCCAUCAACAUCUCGAAUCUCUCGGUCGGCCAAAGAAAUUGCUUGUGUUUGUGAACCCAUUUGGCGGGAAGAAAUCAGCGAGAAAGAUUUUUCUAGAGGAAGUGAAGCCAUUGUUCGAAGAUGCUGAUAUUCGACUCGAGAUUCAAGAAACCAAGUAUCAGUUGCAUGCAAAGGAAAUUGUUAGGUCCAUAGAUGUAUCGAUAUACGAUGGGAUUGUUUGUGUUAGCGGCGACGGUGUCCUUGUUGAGGUUGUAAAUGGACUGCUCGAAAGAGCAGACUGGAGAACUGCCUUAAAUUUGCCUAUCGGAAUGGUCCCUGCAGGAAGUGGUAACGGUAUGAUAAAAUCAUUGUUGGAACCGGCUGGGCUUCCUUGUAGUGCAACAAGUGCUACUGUUUCCAUUAUCCGAGGUCAUACACGUUCUUUAGAUGUUGCAACUAUCUCACAAGGGACUACCAAAUUCUUCAGCGUCUUGAUGCUUGCUUGGGGUUUAGUGGCUGAUAUAGACAUCGAGUCAGAAAAGUUCAGAUGGAUGGGCAGUGCUCGCUUUGAUGUCUAUGGUCUUCAGAGGAUAAUAUGCUUAAGACAAUACAAUGGACGGAUUCGAUUUGUGCCAGCUCCUGGGUUUGAAAGCAAUGGGCAACCAGUUACUUGCAGUGGUGUAGACAAAGAGUCAUCUGUCAGCGAUAAGGCACUCGGAUACCAAGGACCUGACACCAAACUUGAAGAUCUGGAAUGGAGAGAAAUCAAAGGCCCUUUUGUUUCAGUAUGGCUGCAUAAUGUACCCUGGGGUGCUGAAAACACUCUGGCUGCUCCUAACGCAAAGUUUUGUGAUGGCUACUUGGAUUUGAUUGUCAUGAAAGAUUGCCCGAAGCUUGCCUUGCUAUCACUUAUGACAAAGUUGAGUGAUGGAACACAUGUUCAAUCACCAUAUGUAGCAUAUCUAAAGGUGAAGGCAUUCGUGUUGGAACCGGGUGCACGGAUAGAUGAACCAGACAAGGAAGGAAUCAUAGAUUCAGACGGAGAGGUGUUGGCAAGAGGAAGAAGAUCAUAUAAAUGUGAUCAGAAGGGUUUGAUGUCUUAUGACAAGCUUCAAAUAACAGUUGAUCAAGGUUUAGCUACUCUCUUCUCUCCUGAAUGAUUCUUAGUUGAUAAAAUGUCACACAUGAGAUGAGAUGAAGACGCACUCAAAUGUUGCUUCCCUUGUGGCGAUAAGCCGAUAAUUUGAUUGAUGGACAUGUACAGUACAUCAACUAAAAAGCAAAGAGAUGAUUUGUAUCUUAUAAUUUAGUCGGUCCUACGAUUCUUAUUCUGAAUUUUAUUGUAUCAUUCAAGUGUAAACUAUGUAUGUUUUUGUAUCGCAGUGUAGUGACAAAUGUUGAAAGUUGACUUGUGGUAGUUAUAUAAGACCAUAAAUAUACGAGUUUUUCAUUAUUUGUGUAAUCUCUUAUUUGGUCAUACAUAGUAUCUGCAUUUCGGUGAAACAUUACAAAACUUUA